AGAUUCCACAGUUACUAGAUCAAUCACUAAUGACAUUAAGAUGCGCUACACUGCUCCAUGGAAAACUUGGUCAGAAAUACCUUUAAAGAUAAAAGACGAGCUCUUCGGACUUUUUCGGAGUCGAUAUACAUGGGAUGAGAGUGAAGAAGGUAUGGUUCGAAUUGCUUGGGAAAAGGUAGGUAAGGAAAGAUUGCGAGACAUUCUUAAUAGAGUUAGGAGCGAAUUGUUGCGCAAGCACAAGAAGACAGAUGUUGCUUAUCUAUACAAUUUAGGACCAGAUUGGAUGGAGGCAGAGAUAUGGAAUGAACUUGUUGCUUAUUGGAGUACACCAGAGUGGAGAAAGAAAUCAGAAGCUGGUAAAGCAAAUAGAAACGUAGAAAAAGAUGGGACUAUUACGAAACACUCUGGUGGUUCAAUAAAAUUGGAGGUUCAUGAGAAUAGAUUGGCAAAGAAGUUGGGUAGACAACCAACUCAACUUGAACUAUUUCGUGCAACUCACACAAAAAAGGGGAGUCAAGGUGUUUACAUUGAUGGAAAAUCACGACGAGUUGAUGGAGCUUAUUUGAGUGCAAUUGCUGAAAAUGUGAAUGACAAUUGUGAGAGUCCGUCUGCUUUUGAUUUGAAUAAGUGGAUUGAAAUUUCUGGAAGUAGCAAAGGAAGAGUUUAUGGUUUUGGAUCCUCUGAUAUUGCAAAAUCAGGAACUCCAACUACAUCUUUCUCAUGCACAUCAGCUCAUCCUGGAGGACCUUCUCAAACUAUGUUUUCUUUAGAGGAGGUUGAACAAAUAUUAGAGCAAAACCGAAUCAAAAUGAAACAAGACAUGGAGCAAAUGCAAGAGCAAAUGCGAGUGCAGAUAGAAAAACAGAUAAAAGAUCAGAUGAAAUCAUUAAAGAACAAAAAUAUAUCUUCACCGCAUAACACAACUGCAGAUUCAGAUGGUUCAACAAAUUCAUAGAUUAGUUUUAAAUUUUAUAAAUAUUGUUAAGUAUUAUGGAUUUCUUUUUAAUUUUAUGAACAUUGUAAAGUAUUAUGAAUUUAUUUUAAA